AUGCCAAUCUCUUUUGAAGGAUUAGAAUAUACUCGUUACACUUUCAAGACUUUGAAGACUUAUGAUACUGGAGGAUGUCGUGCGGAUGUUUAUUUGCCUGACUCUAGCUUACCUGGACCUUAUCCAAUUGCGCUUCACUUUCAUGGUGGUGGUUUCACCUUUGGUGAUACUGCCGUUCUACAAGAAGGUCAUCAGAAAUAUCUCCUUGAUAGAGGUUUCGCUGUUGUAUCUGCUGAAUAUCGUAUGAGUCCUCAUGCCGACUUUGCCGCUCAACGUGAAGAUUGGGUCGACGCUUACGCUUGGGUCGUAAAUGAUUUGGGCAAGAUUACCGGGGGUAAAGUUGAUGGCUCUCGAGUUUUCGUAUUUGGUGCUAGUGCAGGUGGAACCGCUACUUUGUUUCUCGGAGUAGAUAUUCCAGGUGCCGGUCUACCUCCUCCUAAAGCACUUUACCCUUGUUAUCCUUUGACCAACUGGGAUUUACUCACAAACGGUUCGGAGCCUUACUCGAACUAUGAAGAACAUCUCAAGUCGAGACCGGCGGAUGUUCAAGAAGCUAUCAGACGACUUAUUGCUGGUCCCGGUACUACCGGUUAUGAUAUUGGUACUUUGAAAAGUCCUUGGACUCCUAAUCCGGAGAUCAAAGAUACCCCACGUAUGACUUGGUUUACUUUUGUUCGUGAAACGGGAAUGUUCCCUUCUGCCAUUCUUGGUGAAGAUGUACCUCCGUCAUCUCGUCAUGUUCUCCUACCGUUGAUUCCUUCGAAUUACCCUCCGACCAUCAUCUUAAACCCUACGGCUGAUACUACCUUGAGUCCAAAGAACUCGACUGAUCUUUACGAUCGACUUCAAAAAUUGGGCGUAGAAAGUAAAUUGGUCACUGUGCAAGGUAUGGAGCAUGGAGAAGUUGAACUCAUUUCGGAAGAAGGACGUGCGGAAUGGGAAAUUCGUUUCCGUGAAAUUUUCGCUCCUGCUUUGGAUUGGUGUAUUGCCAAAUGUCAGUAG